AUGCUGGACCGGGAUACAAGGGAGACGCUCCAGUCUUGGGCGGAGCUCGACUUCGAUUACAAGAACUACCUUGCCGAGGACAAGCUCAUUCAGGCCAGUCUGAGUCCUGGACCCUUGGAGCAACUUAGUGCAGAAAGGCUCUUUGGAAAGAUGAAAGGAAGGAAGAAGCGAGCUGCUAAGAGAGCUCGCAUUGAACCUCCACGGGCUCCUACUCCCGAGCUCAAACAGCCUGCUGAUGCUCCUCCGGUGAUUGACUUGGAGGAUUCGAAGAACCUCCCACCUUGGGAGCCCGAGACGAUUGUGGAGCCCGUUCCUGAGACAACUGCGGAGCCUGCUCCCAAGACCACUGUAGAGCCCGCUCCCAUGCCUGAGACUACCUCGGGGAGUGAAGGAACAGCUCGGAGCAUCCUGAACCCAUAG